GAACAGGAAGCCUACUUGAGAAAAUAUAAAUUCCAUGUCCACAUGCUGUGUACUUUUCAUUAUAAAUACUUCCGUCGUCUUCACCACCAAACAUAUUCAAGUUUGCUAUCUCCCCAAUGGAGUUCUCAAGAAGAAGUCCCAUGAGAGCUCAGGUGAUUAAGGUAAUUUCAGUGUUUAUGGUAGUGGCCUUUCUGAGCCAAAGAGGAGCAGAGAGCAGAAAAGCCAAUUUUCAGGGUUCCAUGUUUGAGUACACAGCAAUAAGCUGCAGAGCUCACAGUGCAUCCCUGACGGAUUUCAAUGGUGUUGGUGAUGGCAAGACUUCAAACACAAAGGCAUUUCAGGCUGCAAUCGACAACCUAAGCCAGCAUGCAUCAGAUGGCGGUGCUCUACUUUAUGUUCCUCCUGGAAAAUGGCUCACUGGGAGCUUCCAACUCACCAGCCACUUCACUCUCUAUCUCCACCAGGAUGCUGUUCUCCUCGCUUCUCAGGAUAUGAACGAAUGGCCGGUGCUUAAACCUUUGCCGUCAUACGGUCGAGGACGAGAUGCCGCCGGUGGAAGAUACGCCAGUCUCAUCUUUGGAACAAAUCUCACUGACGUGAUUGUCACAGGUGCCAACGGUACGAUUGAUGGUCAGGGAAGUAUGUGGUGGCAGAAAUUCCACGGUGGAAAGCUAAAAUACACCCGCCCUUACCUCAUCGAACUCAUGUUCUCCGAUAAUAUUCAGAUUUCCAAUCUAACGCUCCUAAACUCCCCAUCUUGGAACAUUCAUCCUGUUUACAGCAGCAACAUAGUUGUGCAAGGGAUCACGAUCAUAGCUCCGGUUAGAUCUCCAAACACCGACGGUAUCAAUCCAGAUUCAUGCACAAACAUUAGAAUAGAGGACUGUUAUAUUGUCUCUGGAGACGAUUGUGUGGCUGUUAAGAGCGGUUGGGAUGAGUACGGUAUACAAUUUGGAUGGCCCACCAAACAACUGGUAAUCAGACGGCUCACAUGCAUCUCCCCGUACAGCGCUGUGAUCGCAUUGGGCAGCGAGAUGUCCGGUGGGAUUGAAGAUGUCAGGGCCGAGGAUAUUGUGGCCUUUAAUACCGAAUCGGCAGUUCGGAUCAAGACAGCGGUAGGAAGAGGAGGUUACGUGAAAGAUGUAUACGUGAAACGAUUGACUUUGCAUACCAUGAAAUGGGUGUUUUUGAUGAAUGGCAAUUAUAAAGCACAUGCAGAUGGUCACUACGACCCGAACGCCUUGCCUGAAGUCAAAGGGAUCAACUACAGGGAUGUGGUGGCGGAGAAUGUCUCGAUGGCGGCUAGAUUGGAAGGGAUUUCGGGUGAUCCCUUUACGGGUAUUUGUAUUUCGAAUGUGACCAUUAACGUGGCGGCUAAGUCAAAAAAAGUGCAGUGGAUGUGCAAUGAUGUCGCAGGGAUCACAAGUGGCGUGAGUCCUCCGCCGUGUGGUUCAUUGCCUGAUCAAGGGCCGGAGAAGAUUGGGGCAUGUGAUUUUCCUGCGGAUAGCUUGGCCAUCGAUAGGGUAAACUUCAAGAAGUGUUCAUAUACAAUAACAAAUGCUUGAGCUUUGCUUGAUUUGUACCAGCAAAAGUAUUAAUUAGUCUUAUCUAUAAGGUAGAGCUAGAUUGUUGCUAGCCAACAGAGACAAGAAGAAAAAACAGCCGAGAGAUGUCUAUUUAGAUGCAUCCUUUUAUUAAUUAUUAGUAAAAGUUGGGAAACAAAUCAUUUGAA